CGUGUUACAUCAUCGUGUUCCCGUGCACGCCUGUCGGUCACGCACACACAGCAGUUCAACCGGCAGAGAAGAGCUUCAGUCCAGUGUACAGCAGAAGCUACACAACUACUCAAGAUGACCGCCAUCGAGUAUGAAGACAAUGAGUCCAAGUUCAUCAGAAAAGCCAAAGAGAACCCGUUUGUCCCUGCAGGCCUGCUGGGUUUCUUUGGCAUCGUGGCGUACAGGCUGAUGAAGAUGAAGAACCGAGGCGACACGAAGAUGUCGGUGCACCUGAUCCACAUGCGUGUGGCGGCGCAGGGCUUCGUGGUGGGAGCCAUGACUCUGGGAGUGAUCUACUCUAUGUACAAGGAGUACGUCCUCCAGCCGGCUCAAGCGCAGAAAGCCCUGGAGCAGAAGGCUCAGGAGAAGUGAAGAGGAACGCGUUCGGUGUCCCUAAUACUGCCUCGUAUUAAGGUGGCGCUUUUGUAUUUAUUGCAUACAUCGUUUAGGACUUUUUUAAUUACAGUAUCCUAUUUAAACAUUUGAUGAACCUCUGUAAAAAGGUUGCUGUGUUCAUUUUGUUGCCUGGCUUGUUUGAGAAACGUUGUAAGGGGGGAUAGUUAAUAUUUUUGUAUCUGCCAACUGUAUUUAUGUAUAAUAUCAGAAACAAACUGAUGUAUUUGGGGGAUUUCUGCUGCUUUAAUGUUGAUGUGGCAUGAGUACCUUUGUACCUUAUCUUUUGAGAUUUGUGUAAUAUAAGUAGAUUAAAGAAAUUCCAGAAUAACAAUCAUAACAAAUUGUGAUUCUAGUUAUAUUUGUGAAAUAUAUAACGCACAGAACAGAAAGAAAGACUUUACCUCUGCUGACUGAGAGUGUGUGUGUGUGUGUGUGUGUGAAAGGAACAAGUGUCGCGUGUUCUUUUGUAGAGUGAUCGAUUGAAAUAACUAUGGCUUCUUUUGUUUGAUAUUUCAAAUGAAAUUCACAAUAUUAUACUUUUAGAGUGACAUAUAUUUUGAGGCUCUCUUCUGUUUAUCUUUGCCAAUAAAAAAACUGUAAUUCA